GGUCUCAUUCAACCGGACCUGUAGAGCUUCCAGGCGGCGUUGCAGGGGCAGUGCAGUCUUGUCUCUACUAGCUCAGAGGAGGCUCUGUAGACUUGUUCCGACACACCACUGAAUGAGACAAAAGCCUGGAAAGUUCAAAGGGGCAAAAGCAGACUGCCCCGGUUACAUUACAGCCUGUGGAGCGCAGCUCACUGGAUCUGAUGUGCAUUAAAUACCGUGCUACACAAGGGGUGGGGUGGAUGGAGAUAAGUUUUAAUGCUGAAAUAUGAGCAAUCGGAACUAAGGCGGAUAAAUACUGCACGCCAAGAGGGAUUGUCUUUACGUGUGGAGAGGAGUUCAAAUAAUCAGUUGCACGGACGCAACAUUGGCAAUUGGGAUAAAAAACGUUGCACGCGCUGCACCGGAGACUCGUGCUUUCCCCUCGUGGAUACUUGAGUUUGCACUAGAAGUUGUAAGAAUAUUUGUGGAAUACACCCCGGAGAAACUCAACACAAAACAAACGAGGGACAAAAUGAGAGGGUUACAUGUGCACCACAAAUCCUGGACUCUGUGGACUGUGUUCAUGUGUGUAAUGAGUGGAGUUCAUUCACAAGAAAGACAAGGUUACCUGAUUGCUGCACCAUCUGUGUUCCGUGCCGGUGUGGAAGAGGCCGUGAGUGUGACCAUCUUCAAUGCGGUAGAGGACACACGAGUACAACUGCAGCUCAGCGUCAAGGGCGAGAUUGUGGCUCAUAGCCAUGGCACUGUACGAGAUAAAGGCACCAUCAAAAUAAAGGUGCCGUCAGAUCUCAGAGGCCAGGCACAUCUGAAGGUUUGGGGGAACCGCCAGCUCAAUGAGGGUGGCUACAUCUUCCACAACCACACCACUGUGACGGUGGACAGCAAAGGCACAACUGUUUUCAUCCAGACCGACAAGCCAGUCUAUAAGCCCCGACAGAAAGUUCUUAUAAAUGUAUAUGCUGUCACACCAGACCUAAGGCCAACCAGUGAAAAGAUUGAAGCUUACAUAGUGGACCCCAGAGGAUCCCGCAUAGUCCAUUGGAAAGAUCUGAAGUCUGUAUGCUGUGGAAUUGUCAAUAUGAGCUUUCCGCUAUCAGACCAACCAGUCUUCGGCGAAUGGUUAGUCUUCGUGGAGAUGCAAGGCCACACGUACAACAAGUCAUUUGAAGUGCAGAAGUAUGUCAUGCCCAGGUUUGAGCUCAUCAUUGAGCCCCCUCCCUACAUUCGAGACCUCAAUUCAUGUGAACAGGUCACAGUCAAGGCAAGGUAUACCUUUGGAAAGCCAGUGUCGGGCAAAUUAACAGUUAAUAUGACAGUCAAUGGCGUAGGCUACUACAGACAUGAAGUUGGCCACUCGGUGGUGAAAUCAAUGGAAAUUAAAGGCUCAGCCACUUUCAGCCUCUGCGUGAAGGACAUGAUGCCCUUAGAGGUUACAGACCAUUUCCGAGGUUCAGUGAACAUGUGGGUGACAGUGAGCAGCGUGGAUGGUGGACAGCAGACCAUGUUUGAUGAUUCAACGCCCGUCCACAAGCAGCUCAUUGACAUCAAGUAUUCCAAAGAUACUCGCAAGCAGUUCAAACCUGGUCUGCCCUACAAAGGGAUGAUUGAGGUGACCUAUCCGGACGGGAGCCCAGCGGAAGGAGUACAAGUGAGGGUUAAGGCCGAACUUACCCCAAAGGACAACAUCUACACUAGUGAGCUGGUCUCACGCAAUGGCAAGGCCACUUUUGAGAUUCCCUCCAUCCCCACAGCUGCCCAGUACGUCUGGCUGGAGUCAAAAGUGACUGCCAUUGAUGGCAGGCCUGCAGGAGACCAGUACCUUCCCAACUAUCUGUCCAUCAGUAGCUGGUAUUCUCCUAGCAAGUGCCACAUCCAGCUCCUAAGUCCCAGUGCUCCUCUUGUGAUUGGACAAGAAGCAGAGAUCUCCUUGAAGUCCACCUGUCCCUGUAACUUCACUUUGCACUAUGAGAUCGCCUCUCGUGGGAAUAUCGUGCAGUCGGGUCAGAGACAUGCCAAGAGCAUGGCCCACCGUGAAAAGAGAGCUACAGUCACCUUUGACACGAACAUUCACACCACCGCCAAACCGCCACGAGACUCAGACUCUGGUGUGUCCUCUUCUCAGGCUGAAACAGACAGCUGCAUAUCGGUUCUCCAUUUCAACGUGACUUCUGCCAUGGUCCCCCUCAGUCGCCUACUGGUCUACUAUGUUCGGGAAAAUGGCGAGGGGGUGACUGACAGUCUGCAGCUUCCUGUGCAGCCCCGUUUCGAAAAUGAGGUCGCUGUGUCUUUGUCCUCAAACGAGUCGAUGCCGGGCAGUCCAGUCAGCAUGAAGGUCCGAGCAGAGAGUGGCUCAUGUGUAUGUGUAGCUUCUGUGGACAAAAGCAUGUACCUUCUCAAACCAGGCUUCCAGCUCACUCCUGAUAAGGUGUUCAAGGAACUGGCUGAAUUUGAUGUGUCUGAUGCCUUUGGGGUACCCAAAGAUGAGGGACAUUUUUGGUGGCCCGGCUUGUCAUCUCGAAGACGACGUUCCUCUGUGUUUCCAUGGCACUGGGACAUCACUAAAGAUGCCCGUUUUGCUUUUACGGAGACAGGGCUGGUGGUGAUGACCGAUAUGGUGAGUCUGAAUCACAGGCAGAGUGGAGGGAUGUACACAGAUGAGGCCGUGCCCGCUUUUCAACCGCACACCUCCACCUUAGUGGCAGCUAUGCACUCCCGAUCUGGGACAAGGGCAGAGAACCGCAGGCGUACAUUCUUCCCAGAAACAUGGAUAUGGCAUUGCUUUAACGUCAGUGUUACAGGAGAGACUGAGUUACGCUUGGACGUCCCUGAUUCCAUCACCACAUGGGUGACGGAGGCUAUUGGUCUGUCUGCUGAAAAGGGUCUGGGCCUGGCUCAGAUCACAGAGCUGCGCACAUUCAAGCCCUUCUUCAUCGACUUCACCCUGCCAUACAGCGUUGUCCGUGGUGAACAAACCAAAGUCCCGUUGACAGUGUAUAACUACCUUCCUACAUGUGCAGAGGUCCAUGUGAAAGUGUCAGUGCCCAAAGGGAUCAAGUUUGUGGGUCACCCAGGAAAACACCAUCUUACCCGGAAAAAGUGUGUGGCGCCAGGGGAGGCCACGCCCACUUUUAUAGUACUGCUCUUUUCUGAGCUGGUAUCUGCCAACAUCACAGCUCGCGCCGUGGCCUACAGUGAGCCAAGUUGCUGUUCCGAUGGGCUCCAGUCCAACAAAGCAGGCAAAGUGGGUGAGGAACAGGAGGACAGGAGAAGCCCUGCGGGAAUGGACUAUGUGCGGAGGAGUGUGCUGGUAGAGCCUGAAGGUUUACCUAGAGAGUACACAUACAGCGUCUUUUUCUGUCCAAAUGAACGAAUCCAUAUCUCCACACCCAACAAAUAUGAGUAUCAAUACGUCAAGAAGCCAGCAAAAGUCACGCACGUACAAGUGGCCAUCAAAAGCCAUAACGAUGCCCACAUUGCCCUCUCGCCCAAUGCACAUGACAGCACCGAAAUGGUGGAAAUUGUCUUGGGUGGGCGGCAAAACUCACGCUCUUGGAUCUCACGGGGUAAGAUGGGAGAGCCUGUAGCCAGCGCCCCAACGCCAGGAAUCCUAUCCUGGGAUGAGUUCCGAAGCUUUUGGAUCAGCUGGAGAGGAGGGGGAGUGCAGGUGGGGCAUGGCCUAGAGCCAUCGAGUGAGACCCUGAUUCUGCAGUGGGCUGGACCACUCCCGGCUCAGGUGCGGCAUAUUGGUUUCUCCACUGGCUGGGGUUCUGUAGGUGAGUUUAGGAUCUGGCGCAAAGAAGAUGCAGAUGAGAACCACAAUGAGGCCUUCACUCUGGGAGUCCCCCACAAUGUGGUGCCGGGCUCAGAGAGAGCCACUGCUGCCAUGAUUGGUGAUGUUAUGGGGCCUACCCUCAAAAAUCUCGACAAGCUCCUCAGACUCCCCUUUGGUUGUGGGGAGCAGAACAUGAUCCACUUCGCUCCCAAUGUCUUUGUGCUCAAGUACCUUCAGAAAACCCAUCAGCUUAGCCCAGAGGUGGAGGCAGAGGCCACUGACUACCUACUGCAAGGUUAUCAGAGGCAACUGACAUACAAGAGGCAGGAUGGUUCCUACAGUGCCUUUGGGGAAAGAGAUUCCUCCGGAAGCAUGUGGUUGACUGCAUUCGUACUGAAAUCAUUUGCUCAGUCACGUGGCUUCAUCUUCAUUGAUCCUGAAGAACUACGUGCUGCCAAAUCUUGGCUGAUCACUCAUCAAAAAGAGGAAGGAUCAUUCCCAGCAGUGGGCCGGAUCCUCAAUAAAGACCUACAGGGUGGGAUUCAUGGAAAGAUCUCCUUGACUGCGUAUGUGGUGGCAGCUCUUAUGGAAACUGGAAUUACAACUGAGGAGGAAAAGGUUGCUGUGGCUAAAGCUAAAGCGUUUUUGGAGAGCAACACAUACUCUGCUGACGACCCAUAUACUACUGCUCUGUCCGCAUAUACACUCACUUUACUCCGUAGUCCUUACGCUCCAUUGGCUCUGCGGCGACUUAACCACAUGGCCAUCACCCAAGAUGGCUUCACUCAUUGGAGUCUUACUGGCAGUACUGUAACUGAUGAAGACACGUUCAUGGGCUUCAGCGAUGGCCUCUCCCAAUCAGUUGUGUCGGCUGAAGUUGAGAUGACAGCUUAUGGUCUACUCACCUACACACUUCUGGGUGACGUGGCAUCGGCCCUACCUGUAGUUAAGUGGUUGUCGCAACAGCGGAAUGCCCUCGGUGGUUUUUCCUCAACGCAGGAUACUUGUGUGGCAUUGCAAGCCCUGUCCGAAUAUGCCAUCCUGUCAUAUGUGGGCGGGGUCAAUCUCACUAUAUCUCUGGCUUCCACUAAUCUGGAUUUCCAAGAAACAUUUGAGCUCCAAUGGGACAAUAAGAAGAUUCUGCAAAAAGCUGUGAUACCCAGCAUUCCAACAGGACUGUUUGUCAGUGCUAAAGGAGAAGGCUGCUGUCUAAUGCAGAUUGAUGUAUCCUACAAUGUGCCUGAUCCGGUGGCUAAGCCUGCCUUUCAGCUUAAAGUCGAUCUCAAGGAACCCAGACAGGAACAUCACAUCCAGCCGUCCUCACGACACAUGUCUCCUCGCUCCCGUUCUCGUGCUGAUAACCGAUCAGAGCUGAGUCGCAAGCGAAGAGCUCCUGUAGACGACGAGGAUCCCGCAGCCCACCAAGACCACCUGGACUACCGUGUUACUUUAGAGGUUUGCACCAGGUGGCUGCAUGCUGGGUCAUCCAAUAUGGCUGUCCUAGAAGUCCCUCUUUUGUCUGGCUUCCGUGCAGAUAUCGAGAGUUUGGAGAGGCUGUUGAUGGAUAAGCGAGUAGGGCUGAAGAGGUAUGAAGUAGACGGACGAAAGGUUCUCUUCUACUUCGACGAGAUCCCAAGUCAGUGUAUGACAUGUGUGGCCUUCAAUGCCGUGAGGGAGUAUAUUGUGGGCAAAACGGCUCCAGUGCCAGUGAAAGUCUAUGACUAUUAUGAACCAGCAUUUGAAGCCACUCGUUUCUACAACGUGAGUGAGAGCAGUCCACUUGCACGAGAACUAUGUGACGGCACCACAUGCAAUGAAGUGGAAAGCUCCAGCAAUCACUGGACGGGCUUUGUGCAAGGUGGCCAGUGCAACAAUAUUUUUGAUUGUCCGGAGGAGGAACACUACGAGCGAUGUACGUGUUAUCGUGACUGCGGCUAUGAUGGCGAGCCCGUGUGUGGUUCUGAUGGCCAAAUCUACCAAAACCAGUGCCAGAUGGAGGUGUCCGCCUGCAGGAAUGGCACACGGAUCGAGCAGAUGCCCUUCAGCCACUGCCCACAGAUGGAGGUGGCCGUAGAAGAGCGAGAACAUGCUACAGGAGAAGAACCAGAACAGGAACCUAUACUCAUUCCUGCAGGAGGGGAGGAGCCAGGCUCUGUAGCUGAGGUGUCCUACUAUUCUUACGAGUACGACCCAGACACUGAGAGCUUUUCACCAGAGAGUGAGGAGAAGUUAAUUCCUAUAGGAGAAGAAGAGGAGGCGGCAGACACCAAACAACUGAGUGGACAUAUCCUCACAGUGGACACAAAGGACUCACCUGAGCGAUGAGACACCUGGCCGUCAGCAGCAAGUGCAGGAGCUCCACAUUGUACAUUCUCUGUGAAUAUGUUUGUGUGUAAGAAAGGCUGGUAAAGAGCGGUGGACCCAGUCUGUUGCAACGAGAUGACAGCUCUGAGUGUGUGUGUGUGUGUGUGUUCGGAAAGAGAGAUAAUAUCAGUUCUCCUCUCUUUUAUUUUUUUUAAUUCAUUUCCAUAGCUCUUUACGUUUAGUGAUGGUAUGACGUUUCCAUGUAUUCCUCUUAAGUCAAUCUCUUGUAAUCUAGUUUUAAUAGUCCAGUAUUUAUGUUUGUAAGUACAAUUUACCUAAAAAUCAAAUAUUUUAUUGUUUUUGUUUUCUGUGGUAUUUAUUUGUGGCUAGUGCCUUUGUUUGUUCGGUUUUUAUUUUUUUAUUUUCUCAAUUCCUCAGUCAGCUCCUCCCUUCUUUUUGAACACAAUCUACUGGUGUGGUUUUACAACCCGUUAAAAUGUGCUGUGAUGGACCGUGCACUUCCAUAGCAGAAAAAAUGCACAAAAUUGUGCGUUAAGGUGUGUAGCUACUAUUUUUACUUAUAGUCUGACUUAUUCAUUGGAGAGGAGACUGCAACUGAUAAAUAAGCUUCUUUCCCAGUCACCCUAUGCUAAAUUAGUCUCUGCAUCACAGAAAACAAACUCUGUUAUACAAACUGGAAUAUGAUUUGUACAGAAUAUAAGCUAUUUUGAAUAAACCUCCAUGCUAAAUGAAAAUCGGUAGGCCCACAUAAAAUCUGCACUUUUAAACAGAAUGCCUCUAAUGUGAUUAUUCAAGUUUAAUUUAAUGAUGCGGUAAGGUACCAAUAGGAGUUUAUUACUCUCAAGGCCCAUUUAACAUACUUUACUGUAUUUAAAUUCCCCUAAAAUCAAUGCAGAAAAAUGCAGAUAUGCAAAGUGGCCUAUGUGAAAUUUUAAAAUUACUGUAAAUUUUAAUGAACAUAAAAUGAAUACAAAUCACAUUUGGAAGAAAGUCAAUGAGAAUAAACUUUGUAUGCAAUUUG